AUGGCCGUGCUGUCCCAAAUGGCGUUGCUAAUGGCGGACAUUAACGGGGCGUAUGCGCAAUCUGCGUUGUCAUGCAGGACACGCGUCCGCACUGGAGUUGCCUUUAAGUGCACUUUGACCUCGUCCUUCGUGCGGUUGAGACCAUCGUCACUGCGCAAAUCAUCCUCCACCAGCAGCGGGAGCAUCAGCAACGCCUGCCCCCCGCCGCCGCCCACGCCGCACCAAGUUGCAACCAAUCCCGCCGGCAGCAGCAGCACCAGCAGCACUCCGCCUCACUCCCAACAUCCGCAUCCGUAUCCGCAUCCGCAUCAGCACACACAGCACCACCAUUCGCAUCCGCAUCCGCAGUACCAGAACCACCAGCACAGGCGAAGCAGUAGCUCCAGUCACACCAGCCACGCGGAAAACUCGAGCGGUUUGGCCACCAAGCCGGCCAUCAAUUUGCUCGGCAAUCAGCUGCAGGCCAACUACUUCGAGUUCCCGCCCACCGUUCCCGGGCAGGCGUUGUUGCACCACAGUGGCCGCACCACCGUCUCCACGCCCUCGCUGAACUUGCAGCACCACCAACAGCAACAGCAGCAGCAGCAGCAGCAACAGUUGCCCCACCCCAACAGCACCACAGUUGGUGGCCAGUACAGCUCGGCGGUUGCCAAAGCGGCUGCCUCCACCGCCUGUGCGCUCCUUGCCACGUGCCACGUGCCCCGGGACUCCGAUACACCGGAAUCACCCCGCAACCAGCAGCACCAGCAGCACCCGAAUCACACGAAUCACCCGAAGCACCAGCAUCGCCAGCAAAACCCGGAGGACCCGUCGCCAACCGCAAACAAAAUGGGUCGACGCGAGAUAAAGCGCUCCAAUACCAGCGGCUCCACCACCAGAUCCUACGACAGUGGCAGCGCAACCACAAACUUUGUCGGCAAGUUCACGCAGAGUGUGCGGCGAAUUGUGCAGGAUGUGAAGGACGAAGGAGCGCCCAGCGGGAUGACGCGGGACGAGGUGAUCGAGACCAACGAGCGGCUGAGAUCGCUGCGCCUGCGGCUCGAGGAGUCCUACGAAACCGCCAAGAAGGCGCUGAUCAACCUCAUGAACAAGUACGGCGACUCCAAGAGCCAGCGCAACAUCUUCCAGCGCUAUCCCAUGCUCAAGCUGAUGAUUAAGGAAGUGAUACGCCUGGAGACCCAGUACUGGACCCUAGUGGACAUUCCGCGGCAGGAGAAGCAGGAGACGGUGCCCUCCUACGUGAUGCGGGCCUGCUCAAUAAUGGAGAAGACCCAGAAGUCCGGUGAGGGAGUCAAGACAUCGGCUCGCUUGGCGGAGGAGGCGGCCGAGCGGAGGGAACGCAUGGAGCGGUUGGAACAUAUGACCACGGCUCAGAUUGAACAUGAGAAUACGCAGCUGAUUAACGACUUGUACCGCUUGCUGAAAAAGUAUCUGGGACUGCGGCACCUCAUCCGCGUGCUGAAGGAGGAGUAUGGCAGCUCGAAGAUGUACCCGAUAUUUCCUCGCUACACAAUGCUGAAGGACAUGAUCAAGGGCAUCAUGCACGAUCCGGACUACAUGGAGGUCUGCCACGAAACGCUGGCCAACGCCAACUGAGCCGAGGGCACUGGAAAUGGCAGGCGUCGCAUGAGUGUCAUUUAAGAGGGCCCAAAAACAAAGAGCAAUAUAUAUACAAUCAGCAGUGUGCACAGGUGAAGGAUCUAGGACCUCAUCCUAUGUGUGCAUCAGAGCUGAAUUCGCAUGCGAGUUUCUCAGAGAUUCCGGAGUAAUUUAGACGUUUUCAAACUACUUCCCCGAAACUCGAAGAGCGGGUUUCACCAACCUCUUUCGGCCCUUUUUAGCCAACACUCGAUGGCAAGCCAAGACAAACUAAUCAACUAACUAACCAACCCACUAACUAACUAACUACUAACACCCAAGCCCCCACCAACUGAACAAGGAACUAUUUACACUACAUUAUCAGAUACAAACACUUGGAUACUCUUCGGCAUUUGAGUGCCAGCAAACAAACUAAAAGGCAUUUAUUUUAAUGAACUUUUGAGAUGAAUACAAAGUGAAACCUACAAGAUACAAAACACAAGAUAUUUAUUGAUAAAACAGUGAACGAAGCGCUCAAACGAUGAACAAAUAUCAAAUGGAAAAUCAAACCAAACUUUGUGUAAUUUGUAUGUACUACUUACAAGAAACUGAGCCUAGUAACUUAAACAUAAAUACGAGUAUAUAAAUCAAGAAGUAUAUGUGUGAAAUAACCAAACUAAACUAAAGUACAGCAGUUGAUAGGGAGCAUAGAUCAGAGAUAGCUAAUGACAAAUUGAGAUAGAAGAUUUCCUGGUUUGCCACCUCUAUGUUUUUAUAAAGAACUGGUUGAUUGACCGCUAGCAGAAUAUUAUUAUAGCUACCAAGGUGUAUCAAAUUAAAUUAAAUUAAAUUAAAAUGCCCCAUGCCUAGAUGUAUUACUUACCUAGUUAGACAAUAUGAGGGAAAUAUUCCCAAUCGAUGUGAGCAGUCACGCGAACUCUUGACACCUUUUAAGACAACACCAAUUUGUGGAGACCUUGAGAAACCCAUAUCCUAGGACCUAAACUCGUUGUUGAUUUCCAGUUUGGCCCGUAACUAUUACUGAAAACCAAAUGCUUUAUGUGUGUAUCGAAACGUUCAGCUUUAAGUCCUCGGCAACGCGCAAACAAACCGAAAUGCAAAUGUGUACUUCAUAAGUUCAGAUGAGAUAUGUGUAUUCAUGUAUUCGUUGUUGUACAUACCUUGUAGCUUUGUAAUUCCUCAACCCAUCCAACCCCCCAAAAACCAAAAGGACACAAUGCACACACACUCGAAUACAAAAGACCAAAGAAAACCUAGACGAGCUUACAACUUUUUACGAGAGCUAGAAACCCACAAUUUCCAUUUAUGUUAUAUUGUCGAUUGAAAAUCUGUUUCACUUACUGCUUCAAAGGUGGCAAUUUAAAAGAACUUGCUUCCCAAAUCGCCGGGGAAUUGCACUGGCAGAAACGGGGAGCCCUUCCAUACUAACUCAACUGAAACUCAAACUGUAACUCAACUGACACACCCACCGAUACCGAUACACAGAGAAUAACACUGGCAGUGCAUACAUAUCUGAAUAUCUGACUAUCUGAAUAUAAGCAAAUCAAAAACACGUUCGAAAGCCGCAGCCAUCAAUGAAAGUGCAAUUGAGUGCAUAAAUUAAUCGAACAACUGUUUGCAUGUCUAUUAUACUAUAUACCCCACGGCCUCCAAUUGCUGGUUAAUUUGCCCACUCCGACUUUAUAAUUGGUAUUAUCUAUCCGGCUUCCUCCCCCUUUCAACAACCACAAAAAUUAAAAAAAAAACUGCAUCAGCGGAAAACAUUAUCAUAAAUAAAUCAAAAUAGCUAAUUGAAUGUUGGAAAAAUAGAAAAUUAAUUAUGCAAAAUCGAUGCUAUAGAGUGAACUACACAAAUUUUCAUUUAGAUGGUUAAGCCUAAGCGAUGAGUUCUGUUGUUUAUGUAGUUAAAUGUUGAGCAUUAAAUUUGAAUUUGAUAAAUGUUUGCCAUUUGCAAAUGAAGAGGGAUACAAAUAAAUAAAAUCGCAAGAUAACUAAAGUCAGAGCAGAUAAUAUGUUAUACGACUAUGCAAUUAUAGCUAAACUAAUUAAUUCUAUACUGUAAUGAUCAGGUAUUAAAGUUAUGAAGUUUAAUCCAAAUCCAGAUAAAAUAAACAAACAAUCGAGUGCUUGUGAAUGUGUGCGUGAAUGUGGAAAAUACAAGCGCAUUGCAAUAUAGGAUAUUAUGAUAUUAUGAAACAUUUGGGGCAAUAUGCUGCAUACCUACAGAGGCAAACUUAAGUACUAUAGUUAUAUAUGGUAAUGGUAUUCGUAUUAUUAUACAACUUAUACACGAUAAACAACAUAUACACGUGUACCCUACUUAUACAUACAGACCCACAUGAGGAAACAUGGGCAGUCGGUACUCCUACAAACCAAAAACUUCGUACAAUUUUACCUUUUCAAAAUCUCAGUGUCUAACAAAAAGCAUUAAAUGUAUUUCCGCCAAGGAAGUUACCAAUAUAUUGGAUGUAUCAGUAAAA